UCCGAAGUGUAAGCCAGAUUUUUGUGGCAGUCCUACGUAUUAUGAAUCUCUUGGUGGGCAAGUUGGAUCUUUCCUAUUUCCAUGUCUUCUCUCAUUUAUUCCCUUGUUUGGCAUAUCUGAUCUCAUUCAUCUAUAAUUGUGAGACUAAGAGAAGAGAACCGAACAAAACAUGGAACCCUCCAUCUGUGAUUGAUAUAAGCUCUAUGUGGUUUUAGUUUGUUGAUUAAAUUGAUAUUAUCUCGUAAGUUCAACAAGACUGCACAAACAGGAAAAAAAUGUGGAGGAGUAUUUUGAAGCACAGCGUUUCAGUAUUUGGGAGAAGAAAGACAUUAACACAAGUCCCAUUUCAAUAUAUCAGAAGUAUUAAUAAUGUUAAACCUCCCUUAUUGCUCCCUGACAUUUUUCCGUUUUCAUCCUCGUCGGAAACGGAAUCUCAAUCUCCGCCGUUGAAGUCCACGGAGAUUUCAUUUGCUGAGGCGAAGAGGUUGAUAAGAUUGGUGAAUAUUGAGGGGCUGAAGAUGAAGCUCGGGAUGCAGGGGAAGGAAGUGAUCGGUUACAAAGAGUUGAUUGAAGCGUGUGAAAGCAUGGGUGUCGCCAGGUCUCUGGAAGAGGCUAUUGCUUUCGCACGUGUGCUUGAUGAUGCCGGAGUUGUUCUUAUCUUUCGUGACAAGGUGUAUCUUCAUCCCGAUAAGGUGGUAGAUCUUGUUAGAAGAGCAGUUCCUCUUGCUCUAACUCCAGAUGAUGACCCCAUGAGGGAUGAAUUAAAGAUGCUACAAAAGAAGAAGGAAGAAAUUGACUUGCUAGCUCAUAGGAAAGUUCAGCGAAUCCUCUGGGGUGGGAUGGGUUUCUUUACUCUACAGAUGGGUCUUUUCUUCAGACUAACAUUCUGGGAAUUCUCAUGGGAUGUUAUGGAACCUAUUGCAUUUUUCUCCACCACAACUGGCAUAAUCUUAGGCUAUGCCUACUUCUUGUUCACUGCUAGAGAUCCCACUUAUCAAGACCUUAUGAAGAGACUCUUUCUCUCCAGGCAGAGGAAAUUAUUCAAGAGGCACAAUUUUGACAUUAACAAAUUCAAGGAAUUACAAUUGAAGUGCAAAACCCCCCUUGAUGCUAGUACCUCUCUCAAAAAUCGUACAGGGCUGGAACUGGAGCUUGAGGAUGCUUUACAUAGGGACUAACUCAACUCUGUUCACAUUUAUUUGGUCCAAAAUACAUCAUCAUCCUAAUCUAUAUUGGUAACAUGUUUGCCCCCUCUUGUUUUCAUGCAGGUGGGGCAAAUAUUUAAUUUUUUUUUUUUAAAGUACAUACCACCCAUGAAUUUUGUUACAUAAAUUCAUUUUUGUGCUAAUAGUAACCUAUCUGUGAGCUUCAACAAGCACAUAGUUUUCAAUUUGCCAGUUAGUUUUGUAAUUUUUGGUAGGUUUCACGGCUCAUGUCAAAUAUAUUAUAUUUUCAAUACCAGUUGUGAGACUAUUUGUAGGAAUUUCCAAAUGCAUGUAUAAAUUUGCUCAAUUUAUGGCUUCUUAUCGUUUUACCU